UUCUAUCUGUCAUUUUGUCAAACAGAUGUUGAAUGUUGAUGUUUACUUUAUGCAAAUAUGGGUGGAGAGGGAUUGUAAAAAUAAAAUAGUAUUUUGCUCCGUCAGUUCAUUAAAUAACAAUGCGGUGGAGUGAAGCAGUGACGUUAGAAUUCGUUAAAAUAUAUUUAAAACACGAGUGUCUCUGGAAUCCUGCUCAUCCGGGGUACAAAUUAAGAUAUCAAAGAGAACAGGCGUAUUCAGACAUCAGUGCAGAAUUCAAGGGUUCCACCAUGAAGUCCUUGAGUGUGCCCGAAGUAAAAAUGAAAAUAAAGAACCUAAGGACCACUUACGUACAACAAGUGCACAAAAUAUUGCAGAAAUCCAGUCCCGACUCAAUAUACGAGCCGUCACUAGUCUGGUUCCACGAAAUGGAUCGAUGUCUCAAACAUAUACCCAGUAAUCGACAUUCUAAUUCAUUUAACAAUUCUCAAGAACCUGAUGUGGAUUCAGCUUGCCAAAUCUGGGUUGACCAAGAGUUGCAAAACACAAAUAUGGAUGAAGUAAAUCCCGAUCCACUGAUCCCACAAACGGAUGACGAAUAUGACUCCGCAAAGAUGGAUGAGCAACCGUCUAAAGUAAAAAUAGAGAGAAGAUCCUCUCCUGUAUACUAUAAAAAGAUUAAAAAGAAAAAGCUAAAACACAGGACUACAACAAGAAAUUAUUCAACCGACUCUCUUCAGCAAUGUACAAAAGAGGAUGAAUUUGAUAUCUAUGGUAAAUAUAUUGCUUCCCAACUGAGGAAAAUGGACCUCCAUAAAGCUUUGAGAAUACAAUUAGAGAUACAAAACCUAGUAAGUGAAGCGAGGAUUUCAGAUAUUGUAUCCAGUGAUUGAAUUAUUAAAAACAAUGAUGUUUUAUGCAAUGGGUCUUCCUUGUAAAUAAGAAUGAAUAUGCCAUCUAAAUAAUAUUAUGGUGAUACACAGCUGAUAAUAAUACCAGUAAUUUUAAGAUAAUUUCAAAACAAUAAUAUUUAGUUUAAUCUUAGAAUAAAUUGGUACCAUGUGGUAUUUUAUUAUAUAGCCUAAUAGAUGUGUGUAAGAUUGUUGUAUUUCAUACUAGAUUUGUAACAAAAACCCAAAGUGCAAAUAAUGUAAACCAAAGAAUAGUAUUACAAAAUAGUAUAAAUUU